AUGGUGCACGCAGAUUCGUCGCAUUUUGCGGAUGGCAUGAGCAAGAAGGAGGUGUACGCGCAGGUUCUAGAGCAGGCGAAGGUACUGUUUGAUGGGCAGAGAAAUUGGGUACGUAUGCCGAUCUUUGCCUUCUGCCACUUACUUGGCGCUCUUGUAACCUUCGUGACUGACUUGCUCUCACGUAGCAAUUUCUCGAACGCUGCCUCUCUCCUCUGGCAUGCCUACCACUCUCUUCCUGCACCAUCAUCUGCAGUGAACUGGUCUGGCUUCUACUUUACCGACCCCAACAAUGCUCGCCAACUAAUCCUUGGCCCCUUCCAAGGUCAAGUGGCCUGCCAGGCUAUUGCUUUCGGCCGAGGCGUAUGUGGUGCGGCUGCUGAGACAAAGAUCACUCAGCUAGUCGAAGACGUUGAGAGGUUCCCGGGUCACAUUGCUUGUGACGGUGCGAGCAAGAGCGAGAUCGUCGUACCAAUUGUGAAAGAUGGAAAGGUGGUUGCGAUCAUCGAUAUUGACUGCGCGGAGCUGAACGGAUUCAAUGCGGAGGAUCAGACUGCGCUCGAGGAGUUGGCUCAGUUAUUGGCGGAUUCUUGUGAUUUCUGA